AAACAGACGCACAGACCGACGCGACGACGAGUGUUUCAAACGAUAGUUAUCAUUUAUAUCAUUAUUUAGAGCGACGUCACGUUACUAGCUAUCCAUAUUAAACAUUUAUUUAUUAACGUCACGACUUUAUAUAGACGUUUGAUAAGAGGAAACGGCGUCAUUUGUCAGAGAGCAACGCGUGUAUUUGCAUCGAUUUAGUGACAGGACAGAAAUGGAGGAGAGUGUUCAGGUCCGGUCUGCCUAUGAGCGUCUGACCGCAGAGGAGAUGGACGAGCAGAGAAUUCAGAAUGUAGCUUAUCAGUACCUGUGUCGACUGGAGGAAGCCAAGAGGUGGAUGGAGGCGUGUCUUCAUGAGGAGUUACCUGCUCCUAUUGAGCUGGAGGAGGCUUUGAGGAACGGUGUUUAUUUGGCUAAACUGGGCCAAUGCUUCGCUCCUGAAGUUGUUCCACUCAAGAAGAUCUACGACCUGGACCAGGAGCGAUACAAGGCCACUGGGCUGCAGUUUCGUCACACUGAUAACAUCAACCACUGGAGGAACGCCAUGCUGAAGGUCGGCCUGCCAACGAUCUUUCAUCCUGAGACAACAGAUGUUUAUGAUAAGAAGAACAUGCCUAGAGCGGUUUACUGCAUUCAUGCCCUGAGUCUGUACUUGUUUCGAUUGGGACUCGCUCCUCAGAUCCACGACCUGUGUGGGAAAGUCAAGUUUACAGAAGAGGAGAUUAAUAACAUGAAACUGGAGCUGGAUAAAUAUGGGAUUCAGAUGCCAGCGUUCAGUAAGAUCGGAGGAAUUCUGGCCAAUGAGUUGUCUGUGGACGAGGCCGCAGUUCACGCGGCUGUUAUAGCCAUCAAUGAAGCUGUGGAUCGUGGCUGUGUGGAGGUCACAGGUCAGGCCCUGAAGAACCCUAAUGCCAUGCUGAACUCUCUACAGGACGAGCUGGUGCCGGUUUAUCAGGAGAUGUUGCGACAGGCACGAGUGCAGAAAGCGACACGAGCGCGAACCAUCGGAAACGGAUCGGUGGAGAAAGACAUUUAUGAAGAAUAUCUGACACAGAAAGAGAUACAAGAUUCUGUAAACCAAGUCAACAUGCGGGCAGCAGUGGAGCGUGUAGAUGAAGCAUUAGACUCUGGUGAUUCGCUGGUUCUUCUCUCGGCUCUGCAGAACUCCAGCCUGGCGCUUCGAGGUCUGAUCAGAGAUCAUUCAGGCUGGUACCUGGAGCAGCUCAGUGCUGAUAGAGAACAGAAAGCUCUGGAUCUUGGCUGUGUAGAUGCUUUGGAGAGAGAUGAACUACAAGACGGCAUCAACGUGGCCAAUGAAGAUGCACAGAGAGAUCGAACUAUGCAUCAGGCAGUUUGUAAAAUAAAUGAGGCUGUGCGGCAUGGAGACGCCCGUCAGACGGUUCGGGCACUAAUGAAUCCAGAUGCCCAGCUGCCAGAUGUGUAUCCGUUUGCUGCAGAGCUUUACCAGAAAGAGCUGGAACCACUGCAGCGCCAGUGUCCCGAGGGUGAGAUGCAGCAGGAGGAGUUGUUUGUUGCCGUGGAGAUGCUGUCUGCUGUAGCUCUUGUCAAUCAGGCUCUGGAGGUCCGAGACGUCGGUGCAUUUAGUGCUGCGCUGCUCAGUCCUGCUGCGGGACUCGCUGAUAUUGAUGACAGUCUGAUUCAGAGGUAUUUUGAGGAGCUGUGUGUUCUGAAGAGGAGGGCAGGUAAAUCUCUUCUCACCUGGAAUGACCUACAGACGGGUCUCAACACCAUCAACACGGCCGCCCACGAGGAACAUGAACAGAUCCUGAGCAUCAAUCUGAUCAAUCAGUCGCUGUGUCGCAAUGACCCUCAGAAAACACUCGCUGCACUGAUGCUGUUGUCACGUGGACUGGAGGACGUACAGUCACACAAUGCCAUCCGCUAUCAUGAUGUGCUGACCAGACUAAAGAAACGCAAGGCUGAGCUGAGUCGUGACCCUGCAGCUGAGCUCUGGUUGGAUGACAUUCAGGAAGGUGUCAGAUUGGCCAAUCAGGACACUCAGAAAGCACUGAAGAUGUGUCUGGGACUGGCAGCAGUGAAUCAGGCUGUUAAAGAGGGUAACCCAUCUCAGACUGUGCGUGUUUUGCGUCUGCCCGAGGUGGCGCUGCGGAGCGUGGUGUCAGAAUGUGCUGCUGGGUAUCAGACAGAGCUGUCUGCCCUGCUCAGAGCCAAAACACUGGAGGGUGAUAACAGAAGCCCGUGGAUGAGAACGAAACUGUCCGGCGGGAGCUCUUAUUUCUUCCACCUGCAGAAGCUGGAGGGGUUUUGGGAAAGACCUCAUGGGUUUAUUCAGAACAGCACCUGCCUGACACAUGAGGAGAUUCAGGCUGUGUGCAGUAGUGUAACAGCGGCUCACAGCAGAGAUGUGCAGUGGAAGGCCAGUGAGACGCUCGUGAUUCACCUGCAGGCGCGCAUGCGAGGAUUCCUGCUUCGACAGAAACUAGCUGAUCGUCUGCACUUUCUUAACACGCAGCUGCCGGCAGUCAUCACUAUUCAGUCUCACUGGAGGAGGUUUCUACAGCAGAGAGAAUACAGACACAGACUGCAGUACCUCUAUCAGAACUGGAGAGUUAUUGUUAAGAUUCAGGCCAUGGUGAAGAUGUGGCUCACCCGCAGGAGAUAUCUCGCCCGACUCAAUUACUUCAGGAGAAAUGUUGGAGCUAUCGUCCGGAUCCAGGCGUUCUUCAGAGCCAGCAGGGCCCGUGAUGAGUACCGACUGCUGGUUCACUCCAGCGCUCCGCCGCUUUCUGUGGUCCGUAAGUUUGCUCACCUGCUGGAGUUUGGUGAUAAUGACAUCCGUCAGGAGGGAGAACUGCUGCGUCUCAGAGAGGAGGUUGUGAGGUCUAUACGAGCUAACAGACAGCUGGAGGCAGAUCUGGACCUCAUGGACCUGAAGAUCGGACUGCUCGUCAGAAACAGAGUCACGCUGCAGGAGGUGGUGUCUCACUGUAAGAAGCUCACAAAGAAAAAUAAAGAAGAGCUGUGUGUCAUGAUGGCGCUGGACAAACACAAGGGCCUUAAAUCAAUGAGCAAAGAGAAGAGAGAGAAACUGGAGGCCUAUCAGCACCUCUUCUACCUACUACAGACUCAGCCCUUGUAUCUGGCUCAGUUGAUCUUCCUGAUGCCUCAGAAUAAAAGCACCAGGUUUAUGGAGACGGUUAUCUUCGGUCUCUUUAACUACGGCUCAGACUGCAGAGAGGCGUUUCUGCUGCUGCAGCUUUUUACUGCGGCCCUGCGACAUGAGAUCAGUGUGAAGGUGGACCGGCCACAGGAAGUUGUAACCGGAAGCCCCACCGUCAUUAAGCUGCUGGUGAGUUUCUAUCGUAACGCUCGCGGUCAGAAUGCAUUGAAGGACAUCUUGGGCCCAGCCAUCAGAGAAGUUCUGGAUGACCGAACGCUCAACAUCCGGACCGACCCGGUGGAGAUCUACAAAAGCUGGAUUAACCAGACAGAGAGUCAGACAGGCCAGAAAAGUUGUUUAGCAUAUGAAGUGAGCGUUGAGGAAGCGUUGAGUCACAGUGAGGUACAGCAGAGACUGAACAUCUCCAUCACUAACCUGAAGAAUCUCACUGAUCGAGUGCUGAACGCCAUCAUCAACAACAUAAACAAACUACCGUACGGUUUGCGUUAUACUGCUAAAGUUUUGAGAGACGCCCUACAGGAGAAGUUUCCACAAGCCACUGAAGAUGAUUUGUAUAAGAUUGUGGGGAAUCUGGUCUACUAUCGCUACAUGAAUCCUGCGGUUGUGGCUCCGGACGGUUUUGACGUGGUUGAGUUCGGAGCCGGUUCUGCUCUGCUCCCGGGUCAGCGCCGCACGCUGGGCUCCAUCUCUCGAAUCCUUCAGCACAGCGCUGCGCUCAAACACUUUCACGGAGACUCGGCCCAUCUACACGCACUUAAUGAAUACAUCACGCGCACGCACGCCAAAUUCAGGAAGUUCCUGCGAGCUGUGUGUGAUGUCCCUGAUCCAGAGGAACGUUUUAAUAUCGAUGAGUACUCUGAGACUUUGAUCCUCAACAGACCGGUCGUCUACAUCUCCAUCAGUGAACUUCUGAACACACACAGACUGCUGUUGGAGCAUCAGGAUUCUCUGUGUCCUCAUCAGUCUGAUCCUCUCCAUCAGCUGCUGCAGGAUCUGGGCUCUGUGCCGACCAUACAGGAUCUUGUUGGAGAAGGGCAGAUCAACCAUGCAGAUCCAAACAUCGAGCAGACCUUGGCCAAGACAGAGGUUUCUCUGACCCUCACCAGUAAGUUUGAUGUGUUCAGAAGCUCUGAUGAUCAGUCUGACGCCAGAGGAAUUCUGCUGAGCACCAAGCAGCUGAUAAUUGAUGUGAUCAGAACGCAGCCCGGUGACACGCUCAGUGAGGUGCUGCGAGUCUCCGCCUCCAGAGAUCAGGAGGUGCAACACGGCUGGAUGAUGCAUCAGCGCGCUCAGAGAGACCAACGAACUCCGGAGAAAAUGAAACGGAAUCAGUCUCUUGUUGCCGACGGUAACCUGACGCUGGAGGAGAAGAAGAGAAAAAUCCAGAGGAAUCUGAGGAGACUCGAGUCUCUGGGAAUCCUCAGCCCACCUGACACCCAUGGACAGAUCUUACAGCUCAUCGCUAAGGACAUCCGUUAUCAGCGUGUGUAUCGUCAGAGGCGUCAGGCGGAGCUGGUCAAACUCAGACAGACGCUGUGUGGUCUCCAAGGAAAGAGCUCGUUCCACUCAGAGCAGGUGGAUUAUUACAACCAAUACAUCAACACCUGCCUGCAGAACCUUACAGCCAGUAAAGUCAAAGGUAAAAAUGUUUCUGAGAAUAAAAGCCGUAAGAAGAAGCAGCAGUCGACUCUCACCUACACGGCUGCACGUCUGCAUGAGAAGGGAGUCCUGUUGGAGAUCGAGGACCUGCCAAUCACACAGUUUAAGAAUGUGAUCUUUGAUAUCGUGCCCGCUGAACAGGAUGGAUGCUUUCUGGUGAAGGCUCGUUUCAUGGGUGUGGACAUGGAGAAAUUCCCUCUGAAAUAUCAGGAUCUUCUGCAGUUACAGUAUGAAGGUGUUGCUGUGAUGAAGAUGUUUGAUAAAGCCAAAGUGAACGUCAAUCUGCUCAUCUUCCUCCUGAACAAGAAAUUCUUCAAAAAGUAAAGCAUUGCAUGACAUGACUGAAGUUCAGAAGCACAAUGGUUUUACUACAGUGACAAUCUUACUGAAACACUCCAGUGUCUUUCUAUUUGAGCAGCCAGAAAAGCUUUUUAUAUCUUCUGUCUUUAUAGAGAAUGUACUUUAAUAACCGUUAUAUUAUUUGCUUUAAUGUCUAACCGUUAAAACACUUAGUUAUACGUCAUUAAUGGGAUGAUUUCAUGAAUCAUGGGUCAUAUUGAUAUCAGUUUCCUCUAAGAUUUUAUACUUUCAGUAUUUUUCUGAAAUCCUCUCUCAUGUUCACUUUAGUGAUGUUUGCAGUAUGUCAUUUAAACACAUAUGAGAAUAUCUUUGAACACUAGUAUCAGCACAUCUCUAAUGUAUCUGGACGCGGGUCUGUGUUAUUUUUAUGAUCAUUUAAAAGAAAACACACUAAGAAAUGAUAAACACGACUGUAAAUAUUUUCUGUCCUAAUUAUUCCCUUGAUUGAAGAUUAUGUCAUCAUUUCUUCAUCCUCAUGUUGUUUUUAACCCGUAUGAUGGUAAGCACACAGUUGACUGUAAUCAUUGACAAAACAAAUACUAUUGAAGUUAAUUCUGUCAACGGUGUCAUUUAUCUGAAUAUCUUCUUUUGUGUUCAAGAAACUCAGACAGGUUUAGACAAACUUAAAGGUGAAGAAAUGAUGACAGAAGUUUCAUUUUUGGAUGAACGAUUACUUUUUUCUUUUAUAUGAAUGUCUCUUUUGUCUACACAAGUGUUGUGUCAUUUAUAUGUUCAAUCUCUGUCUGUCUUUUUCUUCUGUUCCUUUAAUAUAAUGUUGUUUUUAUUCACUAUUAAAGAUG